AUGGAUGACGACCCAUUCCAAGAUGAGGACAAGCUCGAUGACCUCGCUGCAGAGGAUAUCAUGAUGAUAAUGAAUCCUGAAUUGAAGAGGAGAAGGGGUGGGGCGACGACCAAGACAUUAGAAGAAGCCAGUGCUAUCAUCCAGGCUCACGUUGAGAAGGUUUCUCCGGAAGGGAUGCCGGGUGAUGCCAAAAAAGAUGCCGAAAAUCAGGAGGAAGUAUAUCGAACACCUUUACAACGCUUCCGUGCCAUCGCCAACACAGUCAAGCACAAUCUGAAGUGGUCAAAGCUUCUUUCUAGUGAGGAAGAUUCCAAGUCAUUCACGGUUCGUCAAGCUGAUGGGACGGAGGAAAACACCCUUACCUUCGAUGUCAAUGCAUUCAAAUCAAACGUCCAGUCGAUGAGUACAUUGCCCCCGAUGGCUAAGAACAUCAUGAUCAAGAAUUCAUGGGAGAGAACGAAAGACGAGCUCCAGUAUCUCUUUGGCUUCGUUGAUAGGUUGAAAUGUUUCGAUCGAUACUCAACGACAAUCCGACAUGAAUUAGCUGCUGUGAUCUACUAUGAUUCCUUUGAGGCUGGUCGAGUGAUCGUUCGUCAAGGACAUCCUGGUCUUGCUUUCUAUUUCAUUCUCUCUGGAUCCGUCAUCGUUGAAGUCAGUGAGACUGAUAAAAGGACGGGUGAAACAAACACGAGACAGAUGGGGGAAACCUAUGCAGGGGCAAGUUUUGGAGAACUUGCUCUACUUCAUGGUACGAAACGUGGUGCUUCUAUUAGAUGUAAAGUUGACUCUGAAUUUCUUCGUUUGGAUAAACCCGAUUUUGACAUGGUUCUACGUCGUAGUUAUCAGCAGGAAUGGGACAAUAGAUUCAAAGCAUUGAGUUCACUCUCAACGUUUAGUGAAUGGACAGACGAUGAAUUAAUAGCUACCAACGAUAGAGCAAAGGUUAUUGAAUAUCAAUCGAACGCCGUCAUCGUGAGUGACCUGCAAGAGGCACCUGACGAUGUCUACUUCAUCAUGUCUGGCGAUGUCAAGAUCGUCAGGGAGGUGGUCCUCCUACAGAACAAACUACCAUUCGGUAGAGUCAAGCUAACUCCACCUCCCCUUGAUGCAAACCAUGGGGUGUCACCCGACUUUAAACUCGAGAAAUACCAGAAACUGGUUCGCAAGCUUCUGCAUAUUGCCACCAUUGGGAAGGGGGACUUCUUCGGGGUUGGCGAAGAUCUACGUAAGACGCAUUUGAUCUCCCUACACAAGGCCGAAGUCAUGCUCGUAUCGAGAGUGGCAUUUAUGCGUCAUGACCGUGGCAAAUGCCUCCUUCCGAUGAAGCAAGAAGUCGAGGAGCUCUUUCCGACAUACGACGAGACCUUCGCCGGCUACCUCGUCGACAAGAGAUGGCGUGCUUACAAACGAAAUCUGGUGAAAGAGGUUGCUAGCAGACGACAGUUUCCACAUAAAACCACCAUUGAAGAUGUUCCUCUUAUUCUUCGGCGGGAAAACUCACUGUCAACGAAAUAAUGACUUGCUAGGUCUUAUGAAUAGAAUUGAAUUGUAUCUAGCGAUGUAAACCUUGUUAGGCAGAAAAAGAUACUUCAUGGAAUGAUGCGAUCGAUUGCAAAGUGUAUAUCAAUUCCUGUUGUCAUGGUUAUUUACCUUUAAAAAAGAAUGUGUCAUAAAAAUCUUGAAUUUCCACGAUUUAAAAGUCACACAGUCAUGACAGUGUGAUAAGAAAUUUUUGUAUAUGAAAAUAAAAACUCAGGAGGAUAUAGAAGAGUUGAAUAAUUGGAAGAGGUAAACAGGUGCAA